GCUUGGGCGUGCUUUUGAAGGUCGUCUAUGCCUUGGAGAAAUCCUUGAGACCCCGCGGGUUUGGUGAUGUUUAGUUUGCAUUCGUGACGCUUUAAACCUGGGCCUUCUUGGAGCGUAAUAGUAUUGGAUUGGUUAACGGGGAAAAUGGAAAAUAUCAUUAUUAAAAUAUGAACACAAUGGCGCAGGUUAGCCAUCAGCCUGUCGCUCAUUAAAAACCCAGAGAAGGACGCCAUCAACCAACAGAUUAUCCUAGAGUUAUAUUUCGUCUUGUUUUAAUCGAGACAAUAUUAUCAUCUCUUUUAUACGCUCGAAAAGAAACUCGAACCAAGCUCCCUCAACCACUCCCCUCGCGUCGGUAAUGAUAAACUAUUGACUUCGCCAUAUAAGGUGAUCAAAAGAAUUCAAGAGAACUGUUAUUGCAGCGGUUUUUAAUUGUGUUUUGCUGGGAAGACUAAUAACUCUUUCUGCGAUGACUAAAAAUAGAAUAGGAGUACAAAUUGUCAUGACUUUGGAUACCAAUAACGCACUUGUUGUAAACAACGCAGAGAAAUUGAAAGGCCCUCCAUAAAAAUCAGAAAAAAAAAUUGUCGCCAACACCUGAUUCUAGCUUCUAGUCGACGUUGGUUAAAAAAGAUUUUGAUUACCGUGAAGUCAGGAUUAAGUUGCGGCAAUGGCGUUUCCGUGGUGAAAAAGUACGUUUUUAAUGGAAUAAGUAAUGGCUUAAAGCAACAAGGCCUUUUAACAUCAUCACAAAGUACGUUUCUAGUCGUUUUUGUGGCAUUCUCGAGCAAAAUGCGAUUUCCUUACGAUAACACCGACGUGCAUAUUAUAAAACUAAUAGGAUUUUAAUGAUUGCUUAGAUUCUGGAUUUUACACUAGCAGUGAAAUACACAAUGCACCUGCUGUUCAUGGGAGAUUUUUAAUUUAUAUCUAAUUCAUUUUUCGUUUAUUUAUAAAAGAGUUGAAAAUCACAUAAACUACUUUGCCAUAAUCGCAUUGUUCAGUAAAGAACUUGUUAUUGGUUUAUUCCGAUCUGAUUACUCUCUGAAGACGUGUAACAUUGCAAAGAUACGAAUGUUGGAAUAGUACUUAACACAUGAAUAUUCAAGAAAAGUAGGUUUUGAAUGUCAAAAGCUCCGAUAAAAUCGUCGAUGGGGUGAUAUGAGUUAAGAUCUAUCCCACCAGCUCGCUUGUGUCUUAAGAUUGUUUUUCUUACAGUAGUUAAUAACAUCUUAAACUGUAGUUAAAAAUGAGAUCUUUAGUUAUGUUAGACGGCAUUAAGUGACGAGUGCACAAGGCGCCUAGCGGAGGGCAAAAUCGUGGUCAUUUAUUGAGAGUCCACGGCUUUCCUCAGACUUGCACUGCUCGAUUCUUUUCCUCCAAACUGGUUGAGGCGUUAAGACGAAGAAACAAUGGCUGAAGAUAACGGUAGCCGCGCAUUCAACUUGACGCGUGGGAGCAUUGCCGGUACAGCGGCAACCACCGCAUCCGUACUGGUCGUGACGGCGUUUUUAGGCUUUGUCUCGCUGGGUGGAGUCUUUGGUAACGGUCUCGUAGUUUGCGUGAUAAAGCGCCUGCGAUGGCACGGAAAGCAGUCCAGCGUUCACACGUUCUUGCUGCACCUCGCCUUAUCAGACUUAAUGGUCUGCUGUGUGUGUAUACCGCUGACCAUCACCGCGAACUUUGUUGCUCUGGACUCGAGCAACACUUUGCACAGCAUUGUGUGCAAGACAAUGAGGUUCUUUCAGUUCCUAGCGCCAACUGUGUCCAUCUCACUGCUGACAGUCAUAAGCAUCGAUCGCUUCUUGGUCAUUGUAAAGCCCCUAAGGAAGACAUUUCUCCGUAGGUCCACAUGGCUUAUCAUCUUCGCGUGGACGUACUCCAUCAUUCAAUUCCUGCCAACAUUCUACCUGGCUAGAAUAGAUAAUAUAAGCAUUGACAACUCAACGGUCGGCUACUGUACCCCUAUUCCAAACAACACGAGUGAAGGCCUGGGGUACCUCAUGUUUCUGGCCUUUUGCGCGUUCGUUCUACCUCUGACGACGAUGUGUGUGAUGUACACAAGCAUCUGCAGGGUGGUAUGGCGUCGCCAUGAACAGUUACACGACAACAGUACCGCUAUCAGCGGAGAGACAUUGUUUAGAAGAUCAAAGAGAAGGAUCUUGAAGAUGUUAUUGAUCGUAGUCGCAGCCUUCAUGUUUUGUUGGCUACCGUUCGUGGCUUACGCCGGGUUUGUCGAGCCGUACCUUGAGACAUUUCCAAAUCCAGGGGAUUUGAUCCGCUUAGCGAGUUACUGUCUGGGGCUCACAAACUCACUCAUCAAUCCAGUCAUUUACUUCUUCUCAAACGUCGUUCUUCGCAAGUCUUGCAUAGAUUUGCUCUGCUGUCGCAAGUUCAACUUCCCUGCGAACUUGCAGUACGCCUGGAGUCCAGCCAUAUCCAGAAGAAUGAUUACAAGUAGGGGGUCCUCUCUGAUCCCGGAUAUCAGUUCCCUGAGACACAGUCUCCAUAGAAGGUACACCUCGAGUGUCGAGUCCAAGUUGGGGAAAGCAGCAUCCAGGGACGCGUCACCAAGCCCCGGACACCGGACAAGGCAAGGGGGUCUGUCCUUCAGAAAGCAAAACUCGUCACCUCUGCUAGGGAUGAGGGUAUCGAAUGGGAGCCCCUUGUUGAGGAAAGGAGUAAUUCCUUUUGACGAUGACGAAUUGCGUGGGAGAAAACAGCUUCCAACUAAGACAACAUUAGAAGGACUGGAGCAAAUUACAUCUAUCUAAGGUCUUUGUGUAUAAAGCAGUUUAAAGAAACUGGAGCAAAUUACAUCUAUCUGAGGUCUUGGUGUAUAAAGCAGUUUUAAGAAACUGGAGCAAAUU